GAAGGUUGAUGACAAUAGAUAAUGUUUGGACUGUGUGAACAAUUUAUGAAAAAAAAGCACGCAACUAAGACAUUGCGAUCCCUUCUUUUUUCCGUAUAGAAAUUUCGGUGCUUAUGAUUAUGAAGGCAGUUUAAAUACGGUUGAGAGCAAGCCGAGUGACAAAAAAAGAGUCCAACUAAGACAAUUGUUUUACCUUUGAGUCUGAAUUUUUUUCAUGGUAAAAAGUCCUCCGCCCAACCGGGUUUCAGGCUCAUUCGAUUUUCUUUUUCUCUGCCAACGCGUGUUAUUGUACGCUUUCUUUUGUUCUUUUUUUGUCUUUAUCUUCUCUUUGAUCAGAACCUCUUGUCCGACCUUAACAAUUGCUCUACCACUUUUCGCAUCGACAACAAGAUAACGAAAAAGGGGACAGUUAAAUCAGUCAAUCCAAUUAGCAACCAAUAAAAAACCCCAACGCACUUGUCAAUUCGACCUGGACGAUCAACUAUGAUUAUGGAGUCAGUAGCGCCCGCCCAAUGCAAUGCAUCGUUUUACCCGAUGUUGAACUACUCAAAGAAUGAAAACGAUAUCAUGACAGCGAAAGCGACCAAAACAAAUACUCUUAAUGCCUCGACCAUGCUUUCUUGGCCCACACUCUUGCCGUCGGAAACGGCGGUUCCUCGCACCGAUUAUGCCGCUUGCAUGCCAUCGACGGAUACAUUGGAUAUCGACUCGUUGGUGGAUCAGUCGUUUUGGUCACUGGAAGAAUUGCAACAGUCGACCAUGGAUACACUGUCGGCUGCCAUGCCAUUGCUGACGCCUUGGAAUGAAAUACCGCCUUCUAUAAAAGACGAAGAGCCACUUACGUCAAUGGUACCUCAACAGGUCACGCCGCCAUGCGCAUCAUCAUUAUCCUAUCAGUUACCAGCAGAAAACACGUUGCCAACCAACCCAGCUACCACCACCGUAGGUUUACCGCCUACACCUUCUUCAUCUAUGGAUUCAUCGUAUUUGACAUCAUCACAAGAGCAACCGCAGCCGCAACCACAGCAACAAUCGUCAUUGCCCUAUAUGCCGGCCAAAUAUGCGGUCUUCCAAUCGCCCUCAUCGUUUAACCUUAUGUCGAAUUUGUUACCACCGACCCCACCAGUGGCAUCGCCCGGAUCCACCAUGCCUCACGUCGUACCGAUGGCGUGUCAAGCUUACUAUGACGCAAAUGGAAACGGAGGGUAUCCGUUCCAUGAACUGCCCCGAGAAUCCAGUCCACCCACGUCAGCAUCGUCUUCCAACGGCAGUCUAACCCCUCCCGCCGAUUAUCCUUCCGUCUCUCGACCGGCUAAAGUGAUCAAACAGCAGCGCACACAUACCCGCCGACGUUCGAUUGGUCAUUCGUCUGCCUCUAUGACUACCAGUUCGGUUGCACGCUCAGGACGACGUCGGGCGGCUUCGCAUCCGUAUGUGGCUUCGGUGGUGUCGCUGACGGCUCAUGAACCGGUGGCCAAAGUGAUCGACGGUAUUGAAUACAUUUCAUUUCUGUACUCGCAUGAUCGCUUGGUCAAGGAAUACACUGUGCGCACAGACAUUGAAAAUGUGCCGUUGGACGAUAUACCAAUUGGAUUCCGAGAUCAGAAUGCGAUUUACCCACGAGCCAAUGUGGAACGCAAAGAUUACGAAGGCAAUCGGUGGAACUACGAAACCAGCUGUAACACACUGGGAUGGAAAUUAUGUUGGUUAAACCAAGAUCAACUGUGUGGUCGUCGUGGACUUAUCCAGCGCGCCGUUGAUUCCUACCGCAAUCGUCAUGAGAACAUGCGUUCUCGCCGUGUCACACGUCAAGAAAAAGUGGCCAAUGGCACUCUUCGCAAGCGACGAGCCAAGAAGGCCGUGAACCAUCAUGCAACCUCUUCCCUAUGAUAUAUAACCUACUGUCCUCCCCCCCAAAAAAAGCGCCCCUUUUUCUUUUUUUCCAUUCUCAUCAUGAAAAAUUCUAAUGACUUAUCAUCGUCCAACCCAAUAUCAAAAUCAAUAAAAAAAUGGCAUAUGAGCAUCUAUGAAUCGUUGCUGCUGG